AUGUUCAAAGACUCGUGGACGCCUUCAGUGGACCUUCAGGAGGCUCCAGCUCCAUCCACACAGUUUGAUCUCCCCAACAAAGGAGAUCAAGUUCGUGGCCGCCGUAACAUCACAGAAGAUGUUAAUGGUAACUUAAUUUGCAACCUCAUGCCGGACAAGCUUGAAGCUGGGGACUGGAGAGGACAGGCGGACAAGGUGAACCUGGCUGAGGAGUCCCUGCUGAAUAAAAUGAUCCGCCACGCUCUGGUGACGAACAGAAACCAGGUGGAGGUCCUGCAGGCGGACCCCACCUCGCCCCUGUACUCCGUGAAGACGUUUGAGGACCUGAGGCUGACACCUGAGCUGCUGAAGGGUGUGUAUAACAUGGGUUUCAACAGACCAUCCAAAAUCCAGGAAUGUGCUUUACCUAUGAUGCUGGCACAACCACCUCAGAAUCUGAUCGCACAGGCACAGUCUGGCACAGGUAAAACUGCUGCUUUUUCUCUGGCCAUGCUCAGCCAUGUAAACCCUGCCAAUAAGUGGACUCAGUGCCUUUGUAUCUCGCCAACGUACGAGCUUGCACUGCAGAUUGGUCAAGUAAUUGAGCAAAUGGGGAAAUUUUGUCCAGAUGUGAAAGUGGAAUACGCCAUUCGGGGGAACAGACUGCUGCGAGGUGUUAAGCUGCAGGCCCACAUUGUCAUUGGAACGCCGGGCACAGUCCUUGACUGGUGCGUCAAGUACAAGUUCAUUGACCCCAAGAAGAUUACUCUGUUUGUUCUGGACGAGGCUGAUGUGAUGAUUGCCACACAGGGUCAUCAAGACCAGAGCCUCCGCAUCUAUCGACAGCUGACAAAGGACUGUCAGAUGCUCCUUUUCUCGGCCACCUUUGAGGACUCUGUGUGGAGGUUUGCAGAGCGAGUGGUUCCUGACCCCAAUAUCAUUAAGCUGAAGCGGGAAGAGGAGACUGUAGAUAACAUUAAGCAGUUCUAUGUGGACUGUAAGAACAAGGAGGACAAGUUCAUGGCACUCUGUGACCUGUAUGGGUGCCUCACCAUAGCACAGGCCAUGAUCUUCUGCCAUACUCGCAAGAUGGCUUCUUGGCUGUCUGAACAGCUGUCCAAAGAAGGACAUCAGGUGGCAAUGCUGAGUGGGCUAAUGACAGUGGAGCAGAGAGCUGCUGUCAUUGAACGCUUCAGGAACGGCAAAGAGAAGGUGCUUGUGACCACAAACGUGUGCUCCAGAGGUAUCGAUGUGGAGCAGGUGUCACUCGUGGUCAACUUUGACCUCCCUGUGGACUUCAGCGGAAAUGCUGACAAUGAAACAUACCUUCACAGGAUUGGCCGCACAGGACGCUUUGGCAAACAAGGGUUUGCUGUCAGUAUGGUGGACAGCAUUCAUGGCAUGGAUAUUAUCAACCAAAUUGAGUCGCAUUUCAACAGGAAAAUCAGAAAACUUGACACACGUAAUCUUGAAGAAAUGGAGAGCAUGUUGGCCUGA